CGUUGUUUGCCACAUACGCAGACACUGAAGCUCCUCUGUGUUCGUUUUGUGCAGAGCGCAGUGUAAGAAAGUUAGGGUUUUAGAUUUGCUUCUGCGUCUGCGAAAAUGACAAAGUUCAGGAAGUUGAAUAGAACCGCCGCUCACCGAAUUUCCAUGUUCAGAACCAUGGUAUCGCAGUUGGUGAAGCAUGAGCGUAUCGAAACUACUGUUGCCAAGGCUAAGGAGGUUAGAAGGUUUGCGGAUAAUAUGGUACAACUUGGAAAAGAGGGAUCCGAAUGUGCUGCAAAGUGUGCCUCUAGAUUCGUGCGAGGAGACGAUGUCCUUCACAAGCUGUUUACGGAACUGGCUUAUCGGUAUAAGGAUAGAGCUGGUGGAUACACCAGGAUGCUUCGGACUCGUAUUCGAGUUGGUGAUGCUGCACCAAUGGCCUAUCUUGAGUUCGUUGAUAGAGAUAAUGAGCUUAGGCAGUCAAAGCCACCAACUCCUCAACAACCUCAAAGAGCACCCCUUGAUCCUUGGACGCGAUCUCGUCUCACCAGGCAGUUUGCACCACCUAAAGUGAAAAAAUCUGAUUCUGAUUCUGAUUUUUGAUUCUCUCGAAUGUAUUGCAGAAACUAUGUUUUGCCCCCAUAGUUUGAGAUAUCUGAAUUUUGGCUUUGCUUAUUUUAUAAAUCUCCUCAUGGCUUGCAAUAAUAAAAUGAUUCUGUCUAUUAAUACAGGAAAGUGCUCUAUAACAAAUAAGCUGACUGUAACUGUAAUUGAUAAAGAAAAAUCUAAAAAUGAUUGUCGUGCCUCUCUA